AUGCAAACGCACCGGGACUUGGUGGAUCAGUUUGACGUACCUACUCGCCAAGGAAAUCCUCCGAACAAGCAACAGGUAACCAACGCACUGCGGUCAAGAGAUGAACGAGAUCAUAUCACGGAAAAUGGAGUCGGAAGCACUCAAAACGGGGGAGCUGUGGUGAUGAGCGUGACCAGAACUGGACCCCAACAACAAGGGAGCGGCAGUACUGGAAACGGGGGAGCGUGGAAGAAGAAGCGCAAGUAUUUUCACUGCGGCAAGCUCGGACACAUUAAGCGUGAGUGCUGGGGUUUUCUCAACAUGCAGAGGAAGCCAAAAGAGAACCAGAAAUAA